CAUCUUGUCUCCACAGUGGAAAGAGGUCAGAAGAUCAGUGAGCACAUUGUCAUUGGCACCCCUGGGACUGUUCUGGACUGGUGCGCCAAGCUCAAGUUCAUUGACCCCAAGAAGAUCAAGGUGUUUGUUCUGGAUGAGGCUGACGUGAUGAUAGCUACUCAGGGCCACCAAGAUCAGAGCAUCCGCAUCCAGAGGAUGCUGCCCAGGAACUGCCAGAUGCUGCUUUUCUCUGCCACCUUCGAAGACUCCGUAUGGAAAUUUGCCCAGAAAGUGGUCCCAGACCCAAACAUUAUCAAACUGAAGCGUGAGGAGGAGACCUUGGACACCAUCAAGCAGUAUUACGUCCUGUGCAAUAACAGAGAUGAGAAGUUCCAGGCCUUGUGUAACCUCUACGGGGCCAUCACCAUUGCUCAGGCCAUGAUCUUCUGCCAUGUGAGUAGCAGUGGCAGCAGCAGGCCUGCCGGGGGAGGAGCUGCACUGGAGGGUGUGCCCCUCUCCCUCUCAGCCAGCUCCACCGCAGUGCUGAGCAGGACCAGGUGCCCUGUGUGGCCGGAAAGGAAAUGAUGAUUCACGUCCACCUGCCUCAGGGAGUAUUCUCCUCAGAUUAUAAUGAGUUAUGAGGGAAAGACUGAAAAAUUGAACCUUCUUUGGUCCCACUUCUUAGCGGUAACUUGGGAAGCACUCCAAAUAACAUCCAAUGAAAUAAUUAUAAAACAUUAAGAAUAUAGACUAUUUGGGAAUGAAGACCUUUGGCUCACACCACACUCUUC